GUUUCUGCGGGACGGGGAGGAGCCACCUGAUGAUGCAGCCCGAGCCGACGCCGGCAGGUCCGACCAUGGCCUUGCGCCAGCUGCGCGAGCGCCACGCCAACGAGGAGGCCUACCUACGCGAGGCCCAAGCGCGCAAGCUGGCCGAUUUCCAGGCGCGGCUGGCCGACGAGCUCGCCGAGCUGCGGGCGGCCCAUGCGGCCGAGCUGGACGAGCUCUUCACGUCGCUGCAUGAUGCGGCGAAUCGGCUCGAGGCCGAGACCAGCCAGCUGCGUGAACGCAAGCGGCAGUGGGGCGUGGUCGAGCAGCGUGUCGAAGAAUCGCUCGAGAAGCUCUCGAGCUCGGUCAUCAAGCUCAACGUGGGCGGGCGUAUCUUUGCCGUGCCAAAGGAGACGCUUCUGCGCUUUGAAGGCAGCUACUUUCACGCGAUGCUCUCGAACGAGCGCUGGAAGCCCGACUUGGAUAAUGAUGCCUACUUUAUCGACGCCGACCCGACGCUCUUCGAGUACGUCAUGACGUAUCUGCGCGAAGGCGACCUGAGCUGCGAGGGGCUACCGCCGUUGAAGAAGCAGCGCUUGAUGAAGACGCUCGACUACCUGAACCUCGAGGUGUUGCAGUGGGACGCGGGCGCGUCCGUUGACAUUACCGAUGGCACGAUCUUGCUCUCGGAAGACAAGCGCACCGUGAGCUUCUCGCUCUCGAUCGCGGACGAAACCGGAUUCAUCCAGGCCACGCACCCCGUGGACCGCGUCUCGAUCCAGAUUGUCUCGACCGGCAACACGUUUCAAGUGACCCCCCAGACGCACAUUGGCCUCGAGGCCUUCCAGCCCGACGGCGACGUGGAUGCUGCGAUCUCGUACAACGUGUGCUCGGGCGAGGUCAAGAACCUCGACGCGCGCAUGGACAAGAUCAAGGGCCAGACGUUCCAGAGUGGCGACAUCCUCACCAUCAGCUACCACCGCGCCGAGCGUGCGAUGACCUUUGCCAAAAAUGGCCUGGACAUGGGCAUCUGCAUUCAAGACGUGCCCGAGAAGAAGUACUACCCGUACAUUGACACCAACUGCGAUGGCAUCUGCCUCUCAUUAGCCAGCUAGUCUCGUCGACUAGCUAACUAUUUGAAGUACUAUUUGAGAGCCGAGCUGCCACCUUAGCAACUACCUUGCAUUGCGAUCAAGGAAGUGGCUCGGGAACCGAGACGACUUGCAUCGUCGACGAGCUCGCCGGUUGCGACGGAGGCCAUGG